GAGCGUUUUGGUGGGGUCUGUUGAAUCGGAGGGUCAAAGAACCUUUCCUCUGCAACCACCCACUCCAAGGACCGACAAACAAUAUCAACGGGUUGGCCUUGUACCUUCUCCUUCCUCCGCCGCCCUCCCUUCCCAUUCAGAACCGACGUCAGAUUCGAGACUCAGCUUCGCACAAUCACCUCUUCCCAACAUGGCGCCUCGUGGUCUGGUUUUCGUCGAUGGCAGCACCAACGACAUCCUGCAAGAGAUCGCCGACUACGUGAAGGCCGGCGAUGAGAUCCGGCCGCUGAUUGAGAAGGGUCAGACCGAAGAUGCGCUUGCCGCCAUCGUCAAGGCCUCACCGGUCUUGAACUCUGCACCAGAGAAGGAGAUUGGCCCUGCGUACAACCUGCUCAUCUUCGCCGUCAUCAACUAUUCCAAAGACCCCAAGAAGCACCUGCAGCCCAUCUGCUCCAACCUCACAAAGCCCAUCACCUCCUCGCCCGUCAACGGCCGCGAUCUCGCCCUCGGCAGCCUGUCGACCGUCUUCAACCUCCUCAGCAAGGACGACCCAGUACGGUUCAACGUCUUCCUGCAGAUUGUUCGCUUUGUGAAGAUGAACAACAUGUUCGACACCAUCAAGCCUGCCCUGAAGAACGUGCCCGGCUGGCUGGAGGCAUGGGGCACUGAGGAGGAGGGCAGGCAGAGACUAUACGUGGAGAUCGCCGACGCAGCAGAGGCCGCCGACGAGAACAAGAUAGCAUACGAGCAUCUCCUGGAAGCGCUCCGGACCUUCGACGCCGACGACAGCUCCUCGGAGGAGGCCCAGAAGCUCUCCCUGCGCGCGCUCAAGAUGAUACUCAUCAUUGAGCGCCCGUGGGCCUACGACUUCCAGGGCCUGCGGGCCCUCGCGCCUGUCCAGUCACUUAUGGACACCCACCCCGUCUACGCGCAGCUGCUUGAUAUCUUCGCGGAGCAGGACCUGGAGGACUUCAAGGACUUCAAGCUCGAGCACGAGGGCUUCCUGGAGAAGGAGAAGCUGGACGACAAGACCCUGGAGACCAAGAUGCGGCUGCUGACGUUCGCCAGCCUGGCCGCGUCACACCAGGACCGCGAGAUCCCCUACGACGUGAUCGCAAAGGGCCUGCAGGUCCCUGCGGAGGAGGUCGAGCUCUGGAUCAUCGAUGUGAUCCGUGCACAGCUGGUCGAGGGCCGCAUGUCGCAACGGGAUCGAGUGUUCAAGGUCCACAAGACCAUCUACCGCGUCUUCAGCGACAAGCAGUGGCGUGAACUGCAAUCGCGCAUUGACGUGUGGAAGACUACGAUAGGCCACGUCCACACGGUGCUCAGGGUUCAGCAGGUCGAGGCGGAGAAGGCAAAGGAGAGGCAGCAGCAGGAGCUGGAGAAGAAGCUUACGAGUGCGGGGAUCAGCGACGGCCCCCCUCAUGGACGUGGUGGGCGCAGGCCGAGGAACGACAAUGACGACUAGAGAGCGAGAGACAGGGACUAGAGAGGAAGCAGAGCGUACAGCAGGCAGGAAUCGUCAAGCCAGAGGCAGAGGUAUCUCCGGUAGAUUGGACCAUCACGAAGUGAUCACCCGGAGCAGAGCAGGUUCUGGGUCCUGGCGUUGGGAGGAUAGAGCAAGGGGUAAAAAAUGCUUCGGAAUAAAAACUUGCAUUUGCGAACAGAAUCAUUCAUGUCUGACGCUCUAUCGAAUAUCCCAAUGUAUGUAUGUUUGUUUAUUUCGUGGCAGGACUCCCCCAACAAAGAAAAUCAUGACCGUGGCAACAAUAGCCUUCUAGGUG